AUGCCAAUUUUCAACACGACGGAAGUGGUGGAGAUCGAGGACGACGAUCAGGAAGUUAAGGCUGGCCCCAGCAAGUUCAACAAACGCAAUAUUAAGGGUGCUGCCAUGCAAGGAUUCCAUCUCACACCCGCAGCGGCGCGAGCAGAAGCUAUCGCCGGCACACAGCGAGUUUCCUCUCCGGCGCCCAACACCCCCUCGGCUGGUCUCUUCACCCAACCAACGCCAACAGCUUGGCCCUCUGAAUCCAGCCGCGGAUUAACCUCGACAGCGACAGCGGUAGCGGUAACACCCCAACAACAGCCCCAGCAACAGCAACAGCCACAGUCCCAACCCCAACCCCAGCCCCAACAACAGGACCAACACCACCCCCUCCCCCCCUACCACGCCCGCGGCGCCACCAUGACCCUGACCGAAGCGCGCUUCUUCUACGGACACGUCGCCCGACAACUCGAGCGUGCGGAGGACGAAGACGACGAGGGACGGCGGCGCCUGGGUCUGGGUAUAGAGGCGGAAGACGCCGUCGAGAUUGCGUUUGCGGUGGCGCAGGCGCGGAUGCGGCAGGAGUUUGGGGUGCAUGGGGUGCGGAUUGCGACGUGGGAUACGGGGAGGGUUAGGGCGGGGAGGUUGAGGGUUGGUGGGGAUGGGGGUGGUGGUGGUGGGUUUGGAGGGGGAAGGGCUGGGGGGGCGCGGGUGGAUGGUCGGCCUCGUGCGGUGGGUGAGGACGGGUGGUGA